UACGGGAACCCGGUACUUGCGAUUGCGGCGAUGCACGGUCACGUCGACGUCGUGUCUGUGCUGCUGGACGCCGGAGCGACCGCCGAUGCGUUGGAUGCGAUGAACGCCCCGCCGCUCUUUCGUGCAGCGCAGCAAGGGCACCGGGACGUCGUGGACCGUCUUGUUGUCGGCGGAGCCAAUGUCAACUUGCAGCUGGCCAGCGGGGCAACUGCCUUGACGGAAGCCGCAGCGGCCGGACGCGGCGAAACGGUGGAAGCGCUUUUAGCUGCUGAAGCCAACGUCGGGUUGCACAGCUGGGAUGGCACCACGUCUCUGAUGGCGGCUGCCGCAAGUGGCAACGUGGACGUCGCGAUGCAGCUCUUGCAGGCAGGCAUGAGCGUCGUCGACGCCAACAUGGCUGGCAUCACGGCCAUGCAUUUUGCGGCAAUGAGUGGUCAUUACGCGAUGCUGCACGUGCUGUCCAAUGCGGGUGGGGAUGUCAACGCCGCUUCCUUGGAUGGGACGACCAUUCUACGAUGCGCCGCGACGGGCGGCCACUCUGCCGCCGUUGCGGCCCUCCUCGAAUUGGGCGCCCACGCCAAUGACGGCACGGCGACGAGCGUGCCGUCGCUUGUCGCUGCGGCCGAUCAAGGCCACGUGGACGUCGUGGAUCUACUCUUGCAAGCCGGCGCCGACGUCGAUACGAUCGACCGCCGGACGGGCGCAACGGCGCUGUACGUUGCAGCGUCUCGUGGCCACGAAGCAGUCGUGCGCCGACUGGUCUACGCGGGUGCGACGCUGGACACGGCGGCCAAGGUGCCGCUCACUGCGGCCAAGACCCACAACCACAUGGCCAUUGUCCACUUGCUUGAAGCGUUGCGUGUCGAGAAAAGGACCUUGCUCCACGCGGCGCGCCUCGGCGACGUUGACGGCGUCCUUGCGCUGCUUGACAAGGGCCUCAGCGCGCACGAGGUGGACGAGCAUGGGAACACGCUCGUGCAUUUCGCGGUACUUGGCGGUCAUCGCGCACUGCUCACCGUGCUUCUUGAGCAAUCGGGGAUUCCAACCACGCGUAUCAACAAGUUUGGCGAAUCGCCCAUGAUGCUCGCCAUCAAGAUGGCCGCAGACGACAUGGUGCACUUGCUGCACACCGCCCAAGCGACGACGGCCCCACUCGUGCCUCGUCGGUCCCCGCCGCCGACAGCACUGUUGGGCUUUGGCGGCUCUGGCAUUGUGUUCAAGGACACGUUGGACGGCGUCGACGUGGCCGUCAAGAUGCUCAAGAACCUACGUGAUGCCAGCCAUUUUCGUCGCGAAAUCAACGUCAUGAAAGCCAAUCCGUCGCCGUACGUGGUGCGGCUUGUCGCGACAGCCGACGAGGACGCCGAUCCGCAGCUUCUUCUCGAGUUUAUGGAUGGCGGCGACCUCGCGUCGUACCUGGACGCAGAGAUGACCCAAGCGCCCGUCGCCGUCGGGUACUCGCACGUCGAAAUCGCGUGGGCCGUUGCGAACGCGCUGAAGGACCUCCACGCGAGAAACAUUGUGCACCGAGACAUCAAGACCCAAAAUAUCCUCCUCUCGUCGGUCCAUUACAUCAAGGUCGCCGACCUCGGCAUUGCAAAGGGUGUGGCCAUGCACAUGACGACAGGCGUCGGCACAACCGAGUGGCAGGCCCCCGAGGUUUCCACGUCCAGUCGUGAGACAUACGGCACGCCCGUCGACAUCUACGCCUUUGGCGUCCUCCUCGAGAAGCUGUACCCGGACGUCGUCGAGCAAGACAACUCGGCGUGGUACGCCGUGCUCGCCAAGCGCUGCAAGGCCAUAAAUCCAGCGGAUCGUCCGACUGCAGUCGAGAUUGUCAACAACUUGCGCCCCGAGCUGCUCGCCAAGUGCGGUUCCUGCUGCUCCAUCACAGCACAGACACGCAUGUCUUUGUGUAGGCAAUCCAAACUCGUGUUGUCGCUGCGCGCGUUCCGGAACGACCAGGUACGGUGCUAG